UUAUUAAUAUGUAUUCAGUUAUGAUUUACUUAACAAUAAUGUGUGGAUACUUGCCGUUCAUUCUCACUCAGACCACAAAAGCCGAGUGCAUAGAGUUUGGCAAAAAGAUUGAGGACGCUGGAGGUAUCAAACAAUUUGUGGAAGAAAAUCAGCUCCAGUUUGAUAUGGUUUACGAGAUCUACAAAAACUGUUUCAUCAAUGAGGAGGGCUUUCGGUUCAAGAAGGGCCGGUACAGCACCGCAACCAAACCCGACUCCCGGGGCAAACUGUUUCGACGAUUUCUCUUAGAGGGAUAUUAAACUAGUUUUGCCACCAAAACCACCAUUUCAUACCUGUCUCCCUAACCCCAUGGCCACUGACUCUCUGCCCCUCCACAGCCCUCUUAUGAUAUCCUAUUUAUCGC